AUGCAGACGAUUGCGCUGCUUUUCCCGCAGUCCAAGUACGGAGACUACGCGCGCUCAAAGGGCUCGAGGCGGGCGUGGCUGCAGGCGGUUCUCAGUAGAUACCCGGACGUCAAGAUCGACUUUCGACUCGGUUCUUGCGGAGCGCUCAAGGCAGAGGCGCGGCGGAUUGAGAAGUUCAAGUUCUGGAGGAACCGGCUCAUCGUCCUCAAGCAGGCGUACGACGAAGUGACCCCGCGGUGUCUGUCGCAGCUGUGGUACGAUCGUCGCAAUGGAGUCAUGUGGUGCACGGUCUGGGUUGGCCUUUUCGUCUUUGUUCUGGCUGUGGCUGUGGGCGUCGUGCAGUGUGUCUUGGGUGGGUUGCAGCUGUUGAACAAGUAA